UUUUCAUUUUUCCAUUUCCUUUCGUUUUCCAUUUUCAAUCAGCUGUUAAUGACAGCUCACUAACAUUACUUUAAUCAAUACUAAAUUGACAAUGUGUGAGUGAAAAUUUUUGUUUUGAUUUUUCAUUUUGCGCAAUAGAAUGAAAAAUUCUUGAAAUUAAGUUGUUAAAAUUAAAACAAGAAUCUAAUUAUGAUAACACAAAAUAUUAUCAGACAAUUGUUAAGAACAUCACGGCAUCAUGUACAUCAAAGGAAAUGUCUCUCCAUUACUCAAAAGCUAUCAACAGAAACUGCUGCAAAAACUGAUCUGAAACUUAGUGAUUCAUGUGUGAAGAAGCUUCAUGAGAUUUGUAAAGAUGGAUCUUUUCUAAGAGUCAUCGUUGAAGGCGGUGGAUGUUCAGGAUUUCAAUACAAGCUUGAAAUCGACAAGAAUUUAAAUCCAGAUGAUCUUCAGUUCGGUCCCGAUGGUGCAAAAGUUGUUAUUGAUGAAGUUUCAGUAGAGUAUGUUGACGGGUCAACAGUGGAUUAUCAUGAAGAAUUAAUUCGAGCUGGUUUUCGGAUAAUUAAUAAUCCCAAAGCUGAAGGAGGUUGCAGUUGUGGUGCAUCGUUUAACAUUAAAAUAGAUUAAAGCAACUGAAGAUUUAAUUGAAAUUACAUAGAAAGAGAGAGUGUUUAAAAUAUUU